AGACCAACAGUGAGACUGGAAGACCCUCUUACCACACCCACACCGCUUCACCCAUCCCACUCCAUCGUCACCGCCAUGUCUAUACCCAGCGGCAGCCCAGAGAGAGAGGGCUCCAGUGGGGCUCCCCCUCAGCUAGAGUGCCCUUCUUCCCCUUCCGGCAUGGACCCAGACCCCAUGUCAACGGGCAGCCCGGUGCUCAGCCCAGACUCAUCUUCCCAUGAUGCACUGCUGUCGGCGCCGGCAGCCUCCCCGGCCGACUCGGAGAACUUGAGUCCGGAUGAACUGGAGCUGCUGGCCAAACUGGAGGAGCAGAACAGGCUGCUGGAGGCCGAUUCCAAGUCCAUGCGUUCGAUGAGCGGUUCGCGGCGCAACAGCGGCUCCUCGCUGGUGUCCAGCUCCUCGGCCUCCUCCAACCUGUCUCACCUGGAGGAGGACACCUGGAUCCUGUGGGGCCGCAUCGUCAACGAGUGGGAAGAGUGGCGACGCAAGAAGGACAAACUCCUGAAGGAGUUGAUCAGGAAGGGCAUCCCUCACCAUUUCCGGGCCAUCGUCUGGCAGCUGCUGGGCAACGCCACCGACAUGCCGGUGAAGAACCAGUACUCCGAGCUGCUGAAGAUGUCGUCCCCCUGCGAGAAGCUCAUCCGCAGAGACAUCGCCCGCACCUACCCCGAGCACGAGUUCUUCAAAGGCCAGGACAGCCUGGGGCAGGAGGUCCUCUUCAACGUCAUGAAGGCGUACUCUCUGGUGGAUCGAGAGGUGGGCUACUGCCAAGGCAGCGCAUUCAUCGUUGGUCUGCUGCUAAUGCAGAUGCCUGAGGAGGAGGCGUUUUGUGUUUUUGUGCGUCUGAUGCAGGAGUACCGUCUGAGGGAGCUGUUCAAACCCAGCAUGGCCGAGCUGGGCCUCUGCAUCUACCAGUUUGAGUAUCUGCUACAGGAGCAACUUCCAGAGCUCAACGUUCAUUUUCGAUCCCAGAGUUUCCACACAUCCAUGUAUGCCUCGUCCUGGUUCCUCACCCUUUUCCUCACCUUCCUCCCUCUGCCUGUCGCCACACGCAUCUUCGACAUCUUCAUGUAUGAGGGCCUAGAGAUUAUCUUCCGCGUGGGCCUGGCCAUCCUGCAGUACAACCAGACUGACCUCAUUCAGCUGGACAUGGAGGGCAUGUCGCAGCAUUUCCAGAAGAUGAUCCCCCACCAGUUUGACAGCUGCCCAGACAAGCUGAUCCUCAGGGCCUACCAGGUCAAGUACAACCCCAAGAGGAUGAAGAAACUUGAGAAAGAAUAUACCACAAUCAAGAACAAGGAAAUGGAGGAACAAAUUGAGAUCAAGAGGUUACGCACAGAAAACCGGCUGCUGAAGCAGAGGAUCGAGACCCUGGAGAAGGAGAGUGCUGCUCUGGCAGACAGGCUGAUACAGGGUCAGGUGACGAGGGCGCAGGAAGCAGAGGAGAACUACGUGAUCAAGCGGGAGCUGGCGGUGGUGAGGCAGCAGUGCAACACAGCCAGCGAGAGCCUGGAGAAAGCGCAGGACACCAUCAGGGAGCUGCAGCAACAGAAGUUCACAGAGCAGUUUGUGAGCAACCUGCAGACCCAGCUGGAGCAGACCCGGCUGCACGAGGCCGAACUCCUGGGAGCUCUGAAGGAAAUGCAAGACAAGGUCCUGGACCUGGAGAAGAGAAGCACUUGUCUGCCCGAUGAGAACAACAUGGCGGCUCUGCAGGAGGAGCUGAAGCAGAUGAAGCUGAGGGAGCUGGAGACGCUGCACUCGUUCAAAGAGAUGCAGGACGCCGUCACUGAGCUCAACCAGCGCUGGCAGCACCACAUGUCCCGUGGCAGCAGCACAGGUGGGGGGGGCGGUCAUUGGAAGGAGUCCCCGAAGAAGAACGCCAUGAACGAGCUGCAGGACAAACUGAUGACGGUCCGACUGAGGGAGGCCCAGGCUCAGGCUGAGCUCCGCGAGGUCAAACUCAAAGCUCUGCAGCUGGAGAGCCAGAACCAGAUCCACAGCAAGCUGAUUGGUCGCAACGAUCAGGAACGCUCCGCCCUGCAGGACCGGCUCCAGAUGCAGGCCAAUCAGAACAAGGCUCUCCAGACCCAGCUCAGCGAGAUGAAGAGGAAGCAGGCCGAGUCUGACUGCAAGAGCAAAGAGGAGGUGAUGGCGGUGCGACUGAGGGAAGCAGACAGUAUGGCUGCCAUGGCUGAACUCAGGCAGAAGAUUGCUGAUCUCGAGAUACAGAAGGAGGAAGGGCUGAUCCAGGGCCAGCUGAACCACUCAGACUCCAGACAGUACAUCAACGAGCUGCGGGACCAGAUCGCUGAGCUCAAGAACGAGAUCAGGCAGCUGCGGGGGCAGAAGGUGGCCCCCAGGGUCAGCAGCGGAGGGGGAAGUACCAACUACCAGGAUCUGUGUCUGGCCAGCCCCGCCUCCGCUGAGGGGGACUACCUGAGCUCAGACGAGGACCUCCUCCCCAGCCCGCUGCCUCCCAACGCCCUUUACCCCAGCCUGUCCGGCCCGUGUCACCCGUCUGCCCACCUCGACAGCGAGGGCAGCACGGACAGCGAGGCAGACGAGAGGGCCCUGACGCGUCCCGACCCACAGCAGCUGUACGGCGGCAUGGUGUGCGCUGAGGCGCUGGACAACUGAGACCUGGAGAGUGGGGUGUGAGGGUUUCAUUGGAUUUCUUUGAGCUCAAGAGAUGCUGGAGCUCUACAGGACGGGACUGCUACUGUAAACUGGAGCUGUAUCAUCCAAUCCAGUUGUCCUCCUCUGCUUUUCCAGUGUUUACCUUUUAACUUGAUGCACACACAGCAGCAUUGAUUGGACCUCUUCUGAUCAUCACCACUCUCCGCUCCUGUAACCGCCUAAUCCACCUUUGUCCCAUCCUGUAUCCCCGGACCAAGAGGUAACGUAAAGCCUCGCUCCUCGUUCCCUCGUGUUACUUCG